CUUCCUGAUUUCCUUUUGGUUCCCAUGGAAGCGGGUCAUGUGACCACAAGCCGGUCAUGCGACCUCCGGUCAGAGGUCAGUCAGCUUUCUCGCACAUGCGCAGUAGAGUGUUCCUCGAGCCUACGGAGCCAUGCUUGUUUAGCAGAGCGGAAAAUGCCUGGGUGUAUAGUAACUGGGUGUACGCCCAGGUGUCGAGAAGGUGAACCGGAUUUUGUCUUGCAUGCGUUUCCGAAGGAGAAGGAGCGUAUCAGGACCUGGCUGUGUACAACAGGGCAAGAAUUUCAUAACCUUGACGAAUUAGUCGAUAAAAUAUAUGACUCUAAAAGCAAUGCCUUUCGGCUGUGCUCUCUGCACUUCACCCCAUCAUCAUAUAUAUUUAAUCCGAAAACUGGAAGGCGGAGGCUGUCGCCUAUUGCUGUUCCAACUAUAUUCGUUAAAAGGGAAGAAGGGGAGGGUCCAAUUCCUCCAAAUAAGAGGAAGAGACUGGCUGAAGAUGGGGCUUCAUCCAGACGUGUAAACCCAGGAGAAAUAUGUCCCACUUGUUGCCAACUUGUACCCCAUAUUACAACAACCAAACCUGCGCAACCACCCAACUUGCACCCCAUAACAACCAAACCUGAACAACCGCCCAACUUGUACCCCAUAACAACCAAACCUGAAGAACCACCCGACUUCAGCCCCAUAACAACCAAACCUGAACAACCACCUGACUUCUACCCCAUAACAACCAAUCCGGAGCAACCACACGCUAUGGUCAGAGAAUCUGGGACAAGUUUCGACAGGUCUUGGGCAACGUACAGUAAAGCGAUACAAGUGACCCCAAAAACAUUCUCCGUUAGAACACAAUGUUCGAGGCUUGUCGAUCGUAAAAGAGUAGUGCCUAAAAAGACCCCAACACUGCCACCUUUAGUUUAUGGACCCUCCAGUUCUGGGUUGAGUCUAGAACCACAGAUGUAUUAUCCAACAAAGAAGAAAACUAUCGUCACGUCAGGAAGAUCAUCUGUGACCAAGCCAGAUGACUGAAACUACGGAGGCAUCUGAGUGGGAACAAGAUGAACCCCUAGUCCAAGGAAUAGAGUCGGAGUCACCCCUAAAUCUUAUAACUGACUUGUCACCUAUUUGGCCAGUUUAGCAGACAGAACUUGGGCAUUGAUUCCUGGUACCAAACUAGUUCUUAUGUGGCCUAUCCUAAAAAGGAUUUAUGGAUUAACCAAGAUGGACCAGAAUAUGUAACAUCAUUGCCUUAAAGGGGUACUCAGUCACGCCCCCUCCCAUGGACUUGCAUUGAGGUGGCGGGGUGUGACAUCACAAAGGGGGUGGGGCUAUGACGAUACAAGCUCCCGGCUCCAGCAUUCGGAACAGUUUGUUCCAAACACUGAGCGGCGGAUUACCCCUUUAACCCCUUCAUGACCCAGCAAGUUUUUAAUUUUUUUCUGGCUCACAUUGUUUUUCCUCCUAACCCAUAACUUUUUUUUUUUUUUUUUCAAAUGACAUUGUAUUAGGGCUUAUUUUCUGUGUGACAAGUUGUACUUUCCACUGAAUUUCGUUUUAUGGUUUUAAAAAAAAAAAAUGUAAAACUUGAAAAAGAAAAAAAAAAAAACUUUGUUCGUUACCAUGUUCUCACCCCUAUAACUUGUUUAUUUUUCCACCUACAGAGCUGUGUGAGGGUCUAUUUACACGGCAGAAUUUCCGCUUGUGGAAUUCCGCCUCAAAUUAAUGCCCAUAGACUUCUAUGGGAUUCUGCACUCCCAUUCACACUUCUGAAUUUCCGCUAGCGGAAAUUCAGAAGUGUGAAUGGGGGUGCGGAAUCCUGUAGAAAGACUAUGGGCUUUAAUUUAAGGCGGAAAUUAUACCGUGUGAAUUUACACGUGCGUAUUUUUGCUGCAGAUUUUGCUGCCCAUUGACUUCAAUAAGCAGCAAAAUCUUCUAAAGCAAAUCUGCAGCAUAAAAUACGCAUGUGUGAACGCACCCUUAGGGUCUAUUCACACGGUCAGAGUUUCUGCACCAAUUCCGCUUCCUUGGGUGGUUUCUGGCUUGUGCGGAAUUUGGGCGGAAAUUUAGAAGUGUGGAAUCCCAUAGAAGACUACUGUGCUUUAAUUUGAGGCAGAAAUUCCAUCCGUGUGAAUUGACCCUUAGGGAUUGUUUUUUUGUGCCAUGAGCUAUAGUUCUGUAUGUUACAAGUUUUUUUGGGGGGAUGUAAUGUAACAAAAAAAUUACGCACACGGUGAUAACAAAUAUGUGCAUUUUUUUUUUCUAUGCGAAAAGGGGGGGGGGG